AAAAAAAAAAAAAAAAAAACCUCUCAGUGCGGCUGGAUAUGGCGGCGCUGCUGAGAGGUCUGCGGGCUGGAAGGGCACUUCGGGGGCUGAGCGGCGUGGUGGCUGCACCAACAGCAACAAACCCCCAGUGGAGCAGCCUGAGACGAGGCUUCCAUUGUGCAGCACUGAGGCUUCAGGAUGAAUCCAAAGUUGACAAACCCCCCUCCUCCUCAUCCACAACCUACCAUCAGCACUACCAGGCUCACUCUACUGAACAGGACACAACAGCAGCUUCCCAGGGAGACCCAGCAUCUGAGCCAGCAGUAGAGGAGGCUUCAAGGCCAAACACCAGUUACAAGGACCAGAGCGGAGAGCAGAGUGAAGAAUAUGAAACAGAGGAGCAGCUUCAAGCUCGAAUCCUGGCUGCUGCCCUGGAAUUCGUCCCGCAGCACAGCUGGACCAUAGAAGCCAUUGCGGCUGGUGCUGAGACACUGGGCCUGUCCUCUGCUUCCACUGGUAUGUUCCACAAUGGAGCUGGUGACUUGGUCCUACAUUUCAUCGCCCAGUGCAACUCACAGCUGACAGAGAUCCUGGCUGAACAACACAAGCAGGUCCAGCUGGGCCAGGCUGAACCAAAGAAGACUGCUGACUUUCUAAGAGAUGCUGUAGAAACCAGACUGAGGAUGUACAUCCCUUACAUUGAAACAUGGCCACAGGCAAUGAGCAUCCUGCUCCUUCCUCACAACAUCCCGGACAGCCUGAAGCACCUGUCCACCCUAGUGGACGACAUCUGGUACUAUGCUGGAGACCGAUCCACAGAUAUGAACUGGUACACCAAACGGGCAGCUCUGACAGGUAUCUAUAACACCACAGAGCUGGUGAUGGUCCAGGAUUCUUCUCCAGACUUCCAGGACACCUGGAACUUCCUUGACAACCGCGUUCAGGACGUAGUCAACAUGGCCACCACUGCCAAACAGGUGCAGUCGACUGGUGAAGCAGUUAUGCAGGGGCUAAUGGGAGCUGCUGUAACACUGAAGAACCUGACAGGAAUGAACCAGAGGCGAUGAUCUUAAAACAUCUCCGAGUCAGACUGAUCGUGACAGAACGUCUAGUUUGUGUCAUGAGCUGAAGAUCAAUUUAUUUUCUUUUUGCUCUUAUUUCUGAUUACCUGUAUGAAAUGACUCUGAAAGUAUUGGAUUAUGGACAAAGCUAUAAUUUGUCACAGGCCAUAGGUCUCCAUUUCUGUUCAUCUGCAGGACCAGCGGCUCUGUCCAGCUUUGUUUCACUGCCCAAGAUUUCACUAUCCUGCUCAGAUCAUUUCUUUCUCUUUGUAUAAAAGGACACACAGAGUUGUCAUUUUGUUGUUGGAUCAAUUAAGACUCCAAUAAAGUAGUUAUUAUUGUAUA